CUGAUUAAAAGAAGGUUUGAUAUCUUUCGACAAGAAGGCUCUCCGCGAGUGCUUUUUGGUUUUUGACGAGUCGGAGACCUCCUCCUGAGGACUACUCUGGCGAUGAGGAAUGUUGGAGGCUUGUUAAGACGCCAGAGUUGCCGUAACAAGUAAAGAAACUCCACUGAUGACUUGAAGAAAAAAGCUCAAAGUUGGAGGAUCCAGCCGAUCACUCUCAGACGAACAAAGAAAGCCGUCAGCGGGCCGUGAGUAAAAUCAGCUGAUCGAGUUUAUGAAUGGAAGCGCCGCUGCGCUACAAAGAAAAUAUCGAUGAGUACAGAAAGCAAAGUUUGUGAUUUUGGAAACGGACUGUGGCAAAGAAGAAUGCUUAUUGAUGAACUUAUUUGAAAGAGAAGGGAUCUGUGUGAUCAUUAACAAUGUCUGACACGGAAACUGCACCUACGUAUGAGGACAGGUUAAAGGUGCGCGUUCUUUCGCGCAGAGGCAGAUUGGGAGCCUGCACCAGAAAAAUCAAUGAAAUAAAGGCUUUGAUGACGGAUGCAGGAAAUGUUGAUGCCGUCAAUGAUUCAGUGCAAGUAUUUAAAGAAGCUGUGGAUGAGUUUAAUAAUGCUCAUAAGUUGGUUGAAGAGCUCUUAUCAGAGGAAGAAAAGGACAAUGAUUACAAUGACUGGUUUGACCCUCGAAUAAGUAACCUAAAUUAUUUUUUGAAAGAUGUUGAAAUCUGGAAAAAAGACAUUGUACAAUCAACAAUCAGACCAUUUGACAGCAUAUCUAAUGUAUCACAGAAAUCAAAAUCCUCUUCUUCUACUAGAUCAUCAAGAUCCAGAUCUUCCUCAGUCUCUGUAGAGUUAAAAAAGGCCAAAGCAGAACAGGCUGCUGCAUUGGCACGAGUGGCUGCCUUGAAAGAGAAACAUGAUUUGCAAAUAGAGGAAGCGAAAUUGAAGUUGAGAAUGGAGCAAAUUGAGCUACAAGCUGAUCUUGCAGCAUCAACUGCUAAAAUAAAGACUUUGCAAAGUGAUGAGGUGGAUCAGAAACCAUCUUUAGGGGACGGCAUGAAUGAAUAUUAUAGCUCUCAUCAAGAACUAGAUUCGAGAGAGGGCAAGGUGGAAUUCAUGCAGCUAGGUGUUAUACCAAAAACUCCACUUCAACAGACUAUUCUUGAGAGAUGCAGGUCUUCUCCUAGGAGUUUGGGCACAGCAGAGAAUGGGCCUCAAGGUGGGAAUCCCACUGAAAGUGAAACUGAAGCUGCAACUUUCGAUCAUAAUGCAUCUCAAACUGUACAAGAUUAUCAAAAUGUGGUGGUUACUGCUGAUAAUGAAAAUUUGAAUGUUGUUAUUCAAAGACAAAAUGACAUAGCAGAACUCAUUGUCAGCCAGCAAAACCUGUCUUUGUUACCGCCGAGAAAUAUUUCUGUUUGAUGGUAACCCAUUAGAAUACCAUUCCUUUGUUCAUGCAUUUGAACAAUUAAUUGAAGACAGGACUAGAAAUGAUAAAGACAGACUAUAUUAUUUAGAACAAUUUACAUCUGGUUUGCCAAGGGAGUUGGUCCGCAGUUGUUUACAAGCCGAAGGAAGUAAAGGCUACAGAGAAGCUAAACAACUAUUAAAGCAGCACUUUGGAAAUGAAAUGAAAGUUUCUGCAGCUUAUUUGGAUAAAGCCUUGAACUGGACAGCGAUUAAAGCUGAGGAUGGAAAAAUGCUGUAUGCAUAUGCAAUGUAUUUGAGAGGAUGUUGUAAUGCAAUGCAGGACUUACAGUACUUAGAGGAACUUGAAAUUCCAUCGAAUUUAAGGCUGCUAGCAUCCAAACUACCUUAUAAACUGCGAGGAAGAUGGCGAACCACAGCUUAUGAAAUACAACAGAGAACUGGCAGGAGAGUCAGAUUUAAACAUCUUGUCGAGUUUGUGGAAAACUAUGCUAAUAUGCUUUUGGAUCCUUUGUUUGGAGACCUUCAAGACCAAACAACAACCAAAAAAACAUUCCCAAGAGGCAAAGGUGAGCUAAAAUCAAUAAGAGGUAAAAACAGCAGCUUUGCAACAUCAAUAUCUACAGAGAAAACAGGAUGUGCUAUAAAGCAAUCAGUUUUGCCUCCACCACCUCCUGAAACGAUACCCAGUCCCAUCAUCCAUCACUGUGGAUUUUGUGAGGGAAAACACAACUUAACUGACUGUUUGCGUUUUAAAACAGAGUCACAUGAUACUAAAGUUGAAUUUUUGAGAAGUCAUGGAUAUUGCUUUGGUUGCCUACUAAAAGGUCAUUUAAGCAAAAAUUGUAAGAGGAGAUUAAUGUGUCAAGUUUGUCGAAUGAGACAUCCAACAGUACUUCAUAUUAAAAGUGCAAAAGUUGUACAGCAGGACAGUCAAACUGAGACUGAAGUAACUCCCAUAAGCAGUGCUCUUGUUUCAGCAGGUGAUGCAACCAGGGCCGGGAGAGAAUGUGCACUUUCAAUUGUUCCCGUCCGAGUUAAGGUGGCAAAAGGGGACAAAUAUAUUCAGACCUAUGCUUUCCUUGACCCGGGCAGCACGGCAACAUUUUGUAC